AUGAAGCAGGAAAGGUACGAUAUCCAUUGCGAUAGUCAGAGCGCAUUGGAUUUGAGUAAGAAUGCGAUGUACCACUCUCGCACGAAGCACAUUGAUGUCAGAUAUCAUUGGUUACGUCAAGUAGUGGAAGAACAACAGUUCAAGUUGCAAAAGAUUCACACUGAUGAAAACCCUGCUGACAUGAUGACGAAAGUUGUUACAGGGGGAAAGCUUCAGCUUUGUGCCGAGUUGAUCGGCAUGGAAUGCAUAGGUGCAUUCGCCCAAUCGAGCUGCGCUAGCACGCUUUUCAGCCUUUACUCGUGCAUGAAUUAUGUAACGGGAAAUACGACUAGCCCGACACCUUCGUGUUGCUCGUCACUUUCUAAUGUGGUCGACACGCAGCCACAGUGCUUGUGCCCGUUGGUCAAUGGCGGCGGCUCGUCUUUUGGUUUUUCUAUCAAUCAAACGCUGGCCAUGGCAUUACCUGCUGUUUGCAACGUGCAAACUCCUCCGCUCAGUCGAUGCAAUGGUGUUGUUGAAGGACCAACGAGUGCUCCGGGACCUUCGCCUUUGAGUUCACCUACGGACGAGUCCACUGAACCAACCGAUACACCGUCUGCAAAUUCUGAUCCCUCCAUGCCUUCAGGUGGAGGAUCGCGGACAGUGCCAACAACGAAUGCGAGUACUUCAAAUCGAAGCUAUGCUGCAUCUUUGAUUCAACUCACUGCUCUAGCUUUAUUCAUUUAUAACUGUUUGGACAGUUGA